GAAUGCUCUGAGGAGGAGGAGGAGGAGGGCUGCAGCGGACGGGAGGCAGCCGGCGAAGCGAAGCGAAGCCGCCUCUGAUUUUCUUGGUUUUUAAACCUUCAUGGAUCAGGGCUAAUAUUUCCUGUGGCUUCUUCAGGAAAAUAUAAUAUAGAUAAUUCCUCCCCCAGUAUUCACUCACCUCUGCAGUAUCCUGAAGCCAGAUGAAUAUGUUCAACAACCAUCUCCUUUUGUACUACUGGACUACCAUAUGCCUUUUCAAUCUACUAACAGCUUUGACAGCUGCUGAAGAUGUCACAAACAGCACUUUAAACCACACUGACAUGUUCUCUGGAUCUGUGCCUGUGGUCAUCUACAGAGUCGAUCAUAUUAUAGUGAAAGAAGGUUACAGUGCCUUGAUGGACUGCAACAUUCAAGGUCGCCCUGGGCCAGAAUAUGAGUGGUACAACUCCAAUGGCCAUUUGCUGACAGAAGAGAAGGAUGGAGCAGGAAAAUGGAUUCUUGACAACGGCCAACUAAACAUUACUAGUGUAUCAUUUGACGAUCGAGGAAAAUACACGUGCGUUGCAUCUAACAUCUAUGGCCAAGUAAAUAACACUGUUACUCUGAGAGUUGUCUUCACCUCUGGUGAUAUGGGGCUCUACUACAUGAUUGUAUGCCUUGUGGCUUUUACUGUUGUUUUGAUUUUAAACAUUACACGGCUGUGCAUGAUGAGCAGCCACUUGAAGAAGACUGAGAAAGCCAUCAAUGAAUUCUUCCGGACAGAAGGAGCAGAGAAAUUGCAAAAAGCUUUUGAAAUAGCAAAACGUAUCCCGAUCAUCACCUCAGCAAAAACUCUUGAGCUUGCUAAAGUAACACAGUUCAAGACCAUGGAGUUUGCCCGCUAUAUUGAGGAACUGGCAAGGAGUGUCCCCCUGCCACCUCUCAUCAUGAACUGCAGAACUAUAAUGGAAGAAAUUAUGGAGGUGGUGGGACUCGAGGAACAGGGGCAUAACUUUGUCAGGCAUUCAGCUGUAGGACAGGAGACCACUGACCCAGAGGAGAUGUACAUGAUACCCAGUGCUCUGAAGCGAAGGGACUCCCCCACUGCUGACUCCGAUGCAUCUUCUCUGCACGAACCACCGCUCAAGAUUGCAAUCAAGGUGUCUGUCCACCCGUUAACUAAAAAGGACUGUGUGGAUGACCAGUCACAAGACAGUGUCCAAUUAGAAAUUAAAGAAGAGAGGGAAGAAGAGAUUGUCCAAGCACCAGUGCAGGUACCUGAUCCAGUUUGUGACACAGAGCCUCCCACGGAACCAAAUCAUACAGACACGGCUGUGCAAAAUGGCAAGGACACUUGCAUUGUUUAUGAAAGCCAUGUAUGAUACAUUUUUUCCUGCAAAUCUAUGCAAAGCAAGAAAUCAGGUGGAGCACUCUUUUUUUUAAAAAAAGUUAAUGUAUUUGCCACUAAGCCUUACCUGAAGACUAUCACAGCAAACACAUGUAUGCGGAUUACUUGGCACUUUCUUCCUCAUUAUGUAACUUAGUUCAAGCGCAGAGCGGGACAAAGAAAUUGCUAUUAGACUCAUACUAAUUUCUUAUUUUGGUUCAGGAGAAUUCUUUUGUAGUUCACAAAACAUUUACCUCAGAGAAUUUUUAAGGCCAGUGUUGCUUUCAGUGGCUGCCUGGGAAUCGUGUGCAGUUCUUGCAGCCUCUGCGACUGCUGCUGUCAGUGGAAUGACUUUCAGUUGUAUGGUGGCAGGAUUGCUGUGUGACAUAAGCUGAGAAAAAGAAGAACCUGCUUUUCAUUUUGCUCUUCUCGUUCUCUCCUCUCUCUCUGUCAUGCAUUUUUGUGACUCCAGAGGGUCUUGAAACAUUGUCCACGAGGGAGCAUUGCUAGUUAAUAUCCUUGCGGAGCCAUUAACAAACUUUUGCACUGGGGUGUAGCAGAGCGAUAAAGAAGGCCAAAUGCGUUUAUUUCAUUUGAAGACAAUUUGAGUUUAAAGCAAGUGGGGGGUGGGAAUCCCUUUUCCUCUUCAAGAGAAAAAAAAACCUGAAAGACACACCUUCACAGAGGAUACACAGCAUUUUUUGUUGUUGGAAGAAGAGGGUUUGACCCCAGUCAGAAAGCCACAAAGCAAACAGUAAGUGCAGCCUGGAGCAUAGCUCCCCAGUCACAAUGCUGGGAUGAUUAAGUGAAAGGAAAACAGGGAUCUUUGUGUAGCCUGAACACGGAAUUUUCACAGGGGAAGCUUUUCUCAUCCCUGCCUGACAAACAACAUGUGCAAGGAUAAGCAGCUUCAGGGACCCCUCAUGGGGUCCCUGAAUAGCAGCUCAUGGAGCUGAUUGUGAAUGCAAAAAUAUAUAUGUGGGCAGGGGGAGUGAGAGUCUGCUUCACCCUGUGUGUUGUAGUCACACAAACAGAAAAGAGCUGGUGUAUGUCUGGGAGCUAAACCACAUGAGACAAAUUACAUGAGGAUGCUCAAGUGAAGGGAAACGU